CCUUGACUCAAUCAACUCCGACGAUGGUAGAGCCGUCAUCAACCAAGCUUCCGCCGAGCAGCAGCGACGACGCGCUGGAGCUGAACACGGAUCACUUGGAGAGGAUGAUAGAAACUGUGGAGAACACAGCAGUUGAGCUGACCUGCAUGGCUUAUGACGUCGUGACCCUGCGGACCAGUCCAGAGGUGGGCGCCGCCAUGCGGCAGCUGGARGAUGCGUUUGUCCGCUGCAGAGCGGCUGUGUGUGGAGGUGCAGACCUGCAGGCAGAGCUGGGCUCCCGCCCUGCUCAGCCUGCUGCCACAACACUCGAUUAAAUGUGGCAUUCCCACAGCUUUCUGUAGUGUUGGUUCAAAACUUUGAUUCCUCCCUGGGUUUCAUUUUUGGCUUAAGUUGUGUCUUUCAAAACAGGGUGUUUUCAUGUUUAUUUAUGGCAAUCUGUAGAUGUUUACAUGGCUUUGUCACUGUUCAAACUGCUCUAAUCCAAGUUAAAUAAAGAAGUUAAUGCUUUUGAAA